ACAGCUGAUCUGCAAGCAUUUCGACUAGAUUUGUAAGCAGUUCACAAACGUUUGCAACAUUUGUUUUUAAACUAUAUUUUUAAAUUAGAGCCAUGUGCAGCAAGAAAUAUAGUGAUUUAAAUCUCUACGACCUGCUCGGCGUGUCCAUUGAAGCCGAGCAGGCAGAGAUUCGGAAAGCGUAUCGUAAACGCGCGCUGGACUGUCAUCCGGAUAAGAAUCCAGAUAAUCCACAAGCAGCCGAACGCUUCCAUGAGCUGUCCAAGGCACUAGAGAUACUUACCGAUGCAACAGCGCGUUCCGCUUACGACAAAGUGCUUAGGGCAAAAAAAGCAGCUGAGCUUCGCACCAAGCAGCUGGAUAGCAAACGACAAAAGCUAAAAGAAGAACUGGAGCAAAGGGAACGCGCAGCCCUACACAAACUUCAAGUAGGACAAGCCUACAGCACAGUUCGAAAGACCGAUGAAGAAGUGUUGCAGGAACAAAUAGAUCGUUUGCGACGCGAAGGUUCCAAAUUACUAGAAGAGGAACAAAAGGCAAUGCGAGAGCAACUGAAACGCAACUACAUAGAGCAAAAGCAACAAAGUCAGAAAACGCCCGCCUUUGACUCCGCUCAACAUCGCAUCAAGAUUAAAUGGAAGUCUGGCAAAGCCGAUGAUAGCAACGGCGGCUACACACAAGAACAGCUUAUGCAGUACCUUAAGAAAUAUGGCGAGGUAGUUGCGCUGGUCAUGAACACAAAUAUACGCGGUCGUGCCAUGGUGGAGCUGAAGACACGAGAAGCUUGCGACAUGGUCCUGGCCUAUGAGAAAGGUAAUCCUGCGAACCCAUUACACUUUCAGUGGGUAAAUCCGCCAGCACAAGAAAAAGUCGUAAGCUCCAUGAGCCAGAGCAAUACAACAGUAAGGGAUUACGAGGAUUUGGUUAUGCGCAAGCUUCGACAGGCAGAGGAGCGCAAACGGUUAAUUGAACAAAUGAUGAAAGAGGAAAGCGACACGUAACCGCUGGAAAAUUUGAAGAUUUUGUUUAGCUUUAGUAUUUAAUAAUAAACAAGUUGGCAUCUCAGUCAAAAGCUCUUGAUAGUGACACACAAAUUUAAAAAAAAAGAAGUUUCCAUUAAUCAUUUUUUUAUGAGCAACGGAUUGAUAGAUUUACUUAUACUUCAAUUUUAUUAACAAAAUAUUUUACGAGUUCAAACUAGUUUUAAAAUCAAUUUUAGUAAUCAUAGCUACCAAAAAAAUACAACUUGGCAGCACUGACAACAGCUGUUAACAAAAGCCGUGGUACGGAUAUACUGGGAAUGCAAAUAAAUGAAAAAGAAGAAGCAGUGUUGACGCAUUCAAAACAGACAGACUAUUGAAUACCUAUCUCUUGGAUAGAUUUGCAUUAAAUUUUACUGAAAUGUACAAUUCACUAUAAUUGCUAUUAUUAUAAACACAAAAAUAGUCAUAAUUAUUGCUGAUAUAAAAACUACAAUAAAAAAAUAAAAUAUAAAUUUUUAUGUAAUGAU